AUGAAGCUGGUUCUCUCCGCGGCUGCGGCUGUCCUCUCGCUGGCUUCGACAGCCAGUGCCGGUGCAAAGCAAUCGAGGCCUUUCUACCUGGUCGCAGUCUCGCACGUGAACUCGAUCAAUAACACGGCAUUCUUUGCCUGCCAUGAAGGAGCAGCGAUCGAGGGCCUCUGCGUCGCCAAGAAGAUCCCAAAAACGAAGCCUCAAGCGGCCACCUACCGUUUGAACAACACCAACCAGAACCCCAACGAGGGUCUGCUGUCGUAUCAGCUCGUGGCCGGCAAUUUCAAGAGUACAGGUUGUUCUUCUCGCAAAUAUCACCAUGCCGCUAAUAAAUUGUCGGUAGUCUGGGAACAAAUGGACCUUUCCACUGACGUAGGAUCCAACGUCGCCCUGCCGCUCUUCCAGCCCUCGGAUGAGGGACAACAGGUCGGCUUCGAUGAGCACAACAUGAUGUACAUGAAGACGUACCUCAACGACAUGGUCACCCCGCCGAGAGGAGGGAAGUCGAGGAAGCUAUAUCGCUGGUACACUUGCACGACGCUGUACAGCUCGUAUAAGUAUCAUGCUCUUGCUUGGGUGCUUGGGAAGUCGCCGCCAGAGGUGUGUAUCAAACGAGAGUAUCGAACAGUAAUCCGAGCUGCCAGCGAGCGGGUGUAA